AGCCCGCGCUUGUCUGCCGCCGGCCCCCGACGCGCGCCAUGCCUUCAAGAUUUGGGUGGGUGCGAGGACUAGUGGCUGAGUGGCGCGUCGGAAUGACAGCCCUGCUACGUUUUGUUCGUAGGAGACCUGAGCGCGACGAUACUGCCGUCAUCAGCGCCUUCGCAUGGCCGCCUCUGCACCUCACCGUUGUAUAUGGACUUCCCAUCACCUCUGUACUCAUCGCCUACGAUAAAUUGUACUCUGCACUUUCGCU